CAUCAAGGUUCACGAGUAUUUAAAUCACGACAGGCCUAUCUACAAAUUGCUCUAUUCCUCCGAGAAACACGGCAAAACGGCAAGUGGCCGGCAAUAUCGGCCGGCUACGAGAGCCCUUUUGUUUGAGAGGUUGCGCAUUUGAAAAGUUUAAUUGUGAGACAGGAUAAGCCAUAUAAACCUCGAUUCCUCUGGGCAGAAUGCAGCAUUUCGCAUAUCGGUUAUUUAUUGAUUAAGCUUCCUUGAAUCGAUUAUCUUUACUUUCUUAUACCUUGUUGAGUCGCAAUGUCAGGACCUACGAACUUUGACCCUGAGAGGGUUAACCUCACUGAGUUCCAGUCUAUCACUGAUCAAGGUCUCAUCACCUGCUUUCUGACAACCGCUGGAAAUCAAUACGAUGGCCCACUUGGUAUCAGAAUCGGGUCGAUAUUCGUCAUUCUCGUCGUCUCCACCGCAGUCACUUUCUUCCCCGUCGUCGCAACACGAAUCCCACGUCUGAGAAUCCCGCUCUACGUCUACCUCUUUGCACGAUACUUCGGCUCCGGUGUCAUCAUCGCAACUGCUUUUGUUCACCUACUCGAUCCUGCCUAUUCAGAGAUCGGACCAGCGUCUUGUGUUGGCAUGACUGGCGGUUGGUCUACAUACUCUUGGCCACCUGCUAUUGCCCUCUCAGCAGCGAUGUUCACGUUUCUAUUCGACUUUCUUGCCGAUUAUUAUGUUCAAUCUCGCUAUGGGCUUCAGCAUAAUGAUUCUGGGGUUGAGGAUACUAUUACUACUUCCGGGGCAGAUGGCCAUCAGCAUCAUUCUGACGACGGUUCGAACUCGAAUAGGCUGGUGAUCAAUGGCCAGCACGAUGCAGAGGCGGCUACGUCAGAGAAGCAUCGUGGUGGCUAUGCAGACUUCAAGGAGCUUCAACACCUUGAUGGCGAUUCUGAAGAAACCAAGCUUGCAUUCAAGACACAAAUCGCGGCCUUCCUCAUUCUCGAAUUCGGUGUUCUGUUUCACAGCGUCUUCAUCGGUCUGAACCUGGGUGUCGCAGAUACAUCCGACUUCGACACCUUGUUCCCAGUCCUUGUCUUCCACCAGUCCUUCGAAGGCCUCGGUAUUGGAGCCAGACUUAGUGCCAUUCCCUUCCCAAACCGACUUCGCAGUAUGCCAUGGCUUCUCUGUCUCGCUUACGGUUUAACAACACCUAUCGCCAUUGCCAUUGGUCUCGGUAUUCGAAAGACGUAUGACAACUCAUCGUACACUGCAAACCUGGUCAAUGGUGUUUUUGACUCUAUUUCUGCUGGAAUUCUUAUUUAUACUGGUUUUGUGGAGAUGAUUGCUAGAGAUUUCCUCUUCAAUCGUGAGAGGACUAAUGACAAGGUUCGCCUAGGAUUUAUGAUCAUCUGCCUUUUCCUAGGUGCUGGAAUCAUGGCUCUGGUUGGCAAGUGGGCUUAGUGUUCCGCCAAUAUUGGUUUUAUUCAAAGGGAAUGAAAAUCUAGAAUGGAUGUCUCAUGUAUUUUAGAAUCUCUGUUUAAUCCACCUCGAUAAGUACUUUCAAAGCGUUAUGCUUCGAUGCUUCGCCAAAUGUCUUGUAAGCAUUUUCCACAUCGCUCAGCUUGAAAUCUAAGUUGGAACUCGUCAGUAUUGAUAUAUAGGACUUCAGCCGGAGAACUUACGAUGAGUAAUUAGUUGCGAGGGCUGCAGUUUGCCAGAUUGCACUAGCUUGAGCAACAUGGGGGUAGUAACAGUAUCCACCAGCUGCGUAGUGAUCGCUGAUAGACGUGCAUUAGUGUCAUGUCAAACGGUAGAUCAGAGAGCCAAGCCACUUACAGAUGUUCUUGAUCCAUAGGUCCUGAAGAUGAAGAUCCACUUUGGUGCCGUGAACGCCAACGUUUGCCAACACGCCUCCAACUGCGAUGAGCUUUUGACAAAGCUCAAAAGUAGCAGGAAUACCAACAGCCUCAAUGACGGUAUCGCAACCUUUCCCAUCUUGGCGCCGAGUUUCUUGGCAACGUCCAGUCUUGCAUUGUCGGUAUCAAUGGCUAUGAUCUUGGAAGGCGAGUAUAACUGGGCAGUGAUAAUAGCAGCCAAGCCGACCGGUCCAGCGCCAACAACAACGACAGUCCCUCCAGGUUGGACUUUGCCACUGAGAACACCAACUUCAAGACCUGUUGGGAAGAUGUCGCUGACCAUCACCAAAGCCGCCUCAUCUGCCCCAUCGGGAAUAGGGUGGAGACUCGAGUCGGCAUGGGGAAUGCGGACAUAUUCAGCUUGAGUUCCAUCGAUUGUGUUACCGAGAAUCCAGCCACCAGAGGUACAAUGGCUAUACAUCCCCCUCCGGCAGUAUUCACAGGUCGCGCAGCUUGAGAUGCAAGAGAUGAGGACUCUAUCGCCCUCUUUGAAUCGUGCGACAGAUGGGCCUGCGGAAUGGACGAUCCCAACGCCUUCGUGGCCUAGAAUUCUUCCUGGCUCACAGGUAGCGACAUCGCCUUUUCGGAUGUGCAGAUCGGUUCCGCAGAUGGUGGUCUUGGUGACUUUGAUGAUCGCAUCUGUUGGUGAAGAGAUCUUGGGGACAGGACGAUCCUGGAGGGUAACAGAGUUAUUACCGCCGUAGACGAGGGCCUUCAUUUUUAAUAUUUGAGUACAGAGCUGGAGCGAUGGGGUUUCUAGUUGUCAAUUGACAGUUUUUAGAAGAAACAUGAGAUCUCCCUGGCAUUAUUAUAUCACUUCUGUCGGCAGUGGUCUGACCUGGCAGGUGAUGUCAGCAUCACAUCAGGC